AUGGGCAUGGGAGUGUGGCUCAGGUGGUCCCAUCUGGAAGGAACAGGGGCAGAGUUGUCCUUUGUGUGUGCGAGAGCAAGGCUUACACCGCUGAAGCAAUCGAGCAUGCCCAGGAAAGAGCUGCAAGCAAUUCUUUUGCUGUCGAGACUGAUGUGCACGAUCAGAGAUGCCCUCCGUAUCAACAUAGCAUACUGGAAAAUAUGGACUGACAGUAUGACUGCCAUCAGCUGGUUGAGGGGUCAGUCCAAAUCCUUCCGUGCCUACAUGUAUGUCGCCUACAGGGUAGGCGAAAUCACCACUAGAUUUGAUCCUAUCUCUGAUGUCGCCUAUGUACCAUCUGCCCAGAAUGCAAUUGACCUGGUGUCUAGAGGUACUGCAAGUGAGAUGAAGCGAGUGAUAGAUGGUCCAGAGUUCUUAAAACUUUCUCCAUCAAUGUGGCCAAAGACACCCGAGAAUAUCCCUACAGAUCCAAAAGACAAAGAAAAGAAAAAGUUCCAUGUACGGAAUGCGAAGACAUAUGCACUAGGUGUCAAGAUGGAGGACAAAACGAAACCAAUCUUGGAUGCUACAAAGUACUCCAACUGGACAAAGCUCAAGAUGGUCACCGCAAGAGUAUUGUCUGUGAGAGAACUGCCAAAAAGCCAGUGGUUGAAGCAACUCGUGAUCCAGAUUGCAGUGGUCAUCUCACAAAUUCAUACGGGAAGCAGAGCGGUACUGGAUUCGUCAGGCUCAGAAAGAUAUCAACUUUCAUGA